AUGGACAAGAUAGAUCAACUUCGAAAGGAGAUUGCAAAGCGAGAGGCUGAGCUCGCUGACCUUCGGUCGCAGCUUGCAGCCGCUGAGGCCGAGGGGAGGGAGAGCAAGCAAGCUUGGAAGUGGCCGCUUGAUACGCACGAGUAUGAGAGGUAUAGUAGACAGAUGAUUGUUCCCAAGUUUGGCCUCGAGGGCCAGUUGAGGUUGAGAAAGGCCAAGGUGCUUCUCGUUGGGGCUGGAGGUCUAGGUUGCCCAGCUGCGGCCUAUCUUGCGGGUUCAGGAAUCGGCGCCAUUGGGCUGGUUGACGGUGAUGAAGUUGAGGUAUCGAACCUCCAUCGCCAGAUAGCGCAUUCGACGAGUCGUGUCGGCAUGAGCAAGGUGGAGAGUGCAAUCACAUAUCUGAAAGAACUCAACCCAACCAUCACGUAUCAUGCCCACAAGACUCACCUCACGCCGCAAAACGCCCAAGACAUCGUUUCAAAGUACGACUUAGUCCUUGACUGUACGGACCAUCCUACAUCACGAUAUCUCAUCUCCGAUAUCUGUGUCCUGCUAUCGAAGCCCCUCAUCUCAGCAUCUGCGUUUCAAGCAUCGGGGCAGCUCAUCGUUCUUAACAACCCUCCCGGCCAAGGACCAUGCUACCGCUGCGUAUUCCCCACACCGCCACCACCAGAGAGCGUCGUCGGCUGUGGUGAGGGUGGUAUCAUUGGGCCUGUCGUUGGCGUCAUGGGUGUCUUGCAGGCUCUGGAGGCUAUCAAGCUGAUCACUCGGGGCGAUCUAGAGAUCCAGGAAAGGGAGCCCAAAACCCCGAUGCUGCUGCUCUUUAGCGCUUUGGCGGAUACCCCCUUUCGGUCUGUCAGAAUGAGAGGUCGAAGAAAGAUGUGCUUUGCAUGUGGGGAUGAGAAUGCGUUGACAUUGAAUGAGUUGAAGACGUCGAUGGACUAUGUCCAAUUUUGUGGUGUGAUGAAGCCCAUCGAGCUUCUUCAACCUCAAGAGAGAAUAUCCGCAAAAGAGUACCAAGAGGUUGCCAAGGCAGAGAAGAAGGAGCACUUGCUGUUGGAUGUCCGAGAAAAAGAGCACUUUGAUCUCUGCAACAUUGCAGGCUCGGUUAACAUUCCCAUCAGUCGAUUCAUGAACGCUCGUGGCGAGACAACACCCGAGGGUUGGCCAAGCGACCUGCCACCGUCCGCACCCAUCUAUAUCGUCUGCCGAGUUGGCAAUGAUUCGCAGAUUGCCGCCAAGAAGCUCAAGGACCUGGGCCUGGGGAACAAUGGGGAGCGCUUCAUCGGUGACAUUCAAGGAGGCAUGAGAUCCUGGAAAGCCAACGUCGACCCAAGCGUACCAUUCAUAUAG